UCACAUUUAACUCACGAUACACGAAACAUGUUUUCAUCGGGCCGCGUCUCUGGUCUGACAAAACUAGCAUCAUCAUCUCGCCGACCACUCGCUACCUCAUCUCGAGUCUUUUCUUCAUCCUCGGCAUCUAAAUUCUCCGAGUACAGCGACGCACCAGGCACAAGCACGAGCGCAAACCCGUCCUCGGAUACCACCGCAGAACCUCUUCCCUCCACCUCCCAUCCCACCGAAAGCAAAGACCACAAGGAAAAGGGCUACUAUAAAAUAACCUUAACACGAUCCGCCAUCUCCCUAGGCACGCGUAAACAGGCCACACUCGCCUCUCUCGGUAUCACACGACGCAUGCAAACGGUGUUCCACCCCCAUUCCCCGGAGUUUGCGGGUAAGAUCCUUGCUGUGAAGGAGCUCGUACAUGUGGAGAAUGUUAAUAAGGAGGAGGUGAAGAGUCAGAGUGAGAUGAGGAGGUUGAGGAGACCACAGAAGGGGUUUGAGGUUGUGAAGAAGCUAGGGGAUGUGGAGGUGGGGUUUUAAUUCUUUGAGGGGAGGGUGCGUGGAAUGUGGAAUGGGGAGAUUAGAACAUAAUAGUGGUUGCUCGAUUUUGACGUAGAACUUGCUUAUUGGUCUUUUCCUGACGCAAUGCAUCUCCAGCUACUUCUAGUCUGAUCAA